UACCUAUGAUUAGUACAGUGUAUUCUGUAGUGGACCGCAGUUGUGAUUGUGCAGGAUUGUGAGGUUAAAUUAGUGAAAUCUGAACAAAAAUUAAUGUAAGAAUGUCUGAAGUAGCAGAAAACCACGCUCUUGGAACGAAAUCAGAUUUAGCUGGUGUUUCUGAUAGUCCCAUAACCGAUCCUGCAUCUGUUGUAAAGGGUUUGGAUGGAGCUAAUGCAUUUGUUGGUCAAAGAUCAAAAUUGGAUACUAAGACCUCUGGGGCUUUAAAAAAAUCGAGCAGAUACCGAACGAGAUCUUUGUCUGCUUCUUCUACAGAUUCUUACAGUUCAAGCAGUAGUUCUCAAGAAGAUGAUGUCUCCCCUAGGGAAAAAGUGCAAAAAAAUUCUAAAGGCAGCUCAGAUUUUUGCGUUCGUAAUAUCAACCAAUUCGAAUUCGGUCGACGUGAGAUUGAAAUUGCUGAGCAAGAAAUGCCCGGCAUAAUGGCUUUAAGGCGACGGGCUAGUGACGACAAACCAUUAAGGAACGCAAAAAUUGUUGGUUGUACUCACAUUAAUGCUCAAACUGCGGUGCUCAUCGAGACUUUGGCAGCUCUUGGGGCCAGUGUUCGUUGGGCAGCUUGUAAUAUUUAUUCUACUCAAAAUGAAGUGGCUGCAGCUUUAGCAGAAUCUGGUUUUCCAGUCUUUGCUUGGAGGGGUGAAACUGAGGAAGACUUUUGGUGGUGUAUUGAUAAGUGUGUGAAUGUUGAAAAUUGGCAGCCGAACAUGAUCCUCGACGAUGGGGGAGACGCCACUCACUUAAUGCUUAAAAAAUAUCCUGCAAUGUUUAAGAUGAUAAAAGGAAUUGUCGAGGAAAGCGUAACAGGUGUUCAUCGCCUAUAUCAACUUUCUAAGGCUGGAAAACUGACAGUGCCUGCAAUGAAUGUAAACGAUUCUGUAACUAAGACAAAAUUCGACAAUCUGUACAGUUGUCGCGAAUCUAUUCUCGACAGUCUAAAACGUUCGACGGAUAUAAUGUUUGGAGGGAAACAGGUCGUCAUUUGUGGCUAUGGAGAAGUGGGGAAAGGCUGCUCACAAGCUUUGAAGGGUCUUGGAUGUAUAGUUUACAUUACCGAAAUCGAUCCUAUAUGUGCCCUACAGGCCAGUAUGGAUGGUUUUCGUGUUGUUAAAUUAAACGAAGUAAUUCGAACUGUGGACGUAGUUAUUACAGCAACUGGAAACAAAAAUGUUGUCACUAGAGAGCACAUGGACAAAAUGAAAAACGGGUGUAUUGUCUGCAAUAUGGGUCAUUCUAAUACAGAAAUUGACGUGAAUAGUCUUCGAACACCAGAUUUAACAUGGGAAAAGGUUCGUUCUCAAGUGGACCAUGUUAUUUGGCCUGAUGGAAAGAGAAUAAUCUUGCUCGCAGAAGGUCGAUUAGUGAAUUUGAGUUGUUCAAGUUUACCAUCGUUUGUGGUUUCGAUAACGUCAGCAACUCAAGCGUUGGCCCUUAUCGAAUUGUUUAAUGCUCCUCCCGGUCGCUAUAAGUCUGAUGUCUACCUCCUGCCAAAGAAAAUGGAUGAAUAUGUUGCUAGUUUACAUCUGCCCACGUUUGAUGCUCAUUUGACUGAGCUCAGUGAUGAACAGGCCAAGUACAUGGGUCUUAACAAAGCGGGUCCUUUCAAGCCUAACUACUAUAGAUACUAGUAAAACAUUUUAAUGAGAGAAACAAAACGGUGGAGGUGAAGCAGUGUUCUUAGAUUGAAUGUUGUUAUUGUAGUCAUCUUUAGGAAAAUUUGAAAUACAGUUAAUGUUUUAAAGUACCCAAAAGCCAAAUGUUCUGACAGUAUUUAGAUUUCUUUGCAAAUAUUCGGUUUCUGUUGUAUAAGAGUAACUAGUGCAAUGCAACCAAAGUAAAAAAGGCAAUGCAAACGUUUAUUUGUUAAUUAAUUAAACAAAUACCUUUUAACUUUUUUUAAAAGAAAGAACAAGUUUUCUUACCUUCCUAGCUAGAAUCAUUUGGAAUUUAAUGGGGGAAUACUAUUAACUGUAUAUUAGAAAUACUACCGAUUAUUUAAUUAACUGUUAAUUAAAAUACUAAAGCCCCUGUUUUGCUAAUUAA